GAAACACGUCAUCGGGCAUGUGAACGCAGCAUCUGUCCCUGUUUAACCUGAUUUCUCCAAACUGGACCGAUUCAGCGUCGACGAACAGCAGGAAUAGCACGAUUAGCGAGGUUGGUGUUUGAAAACUGGUUGUGGUGGUGGGUGCAUGCUAACGCGCGCUCCCGUGAGAUGCGCGCAACAGAUGUCGGUGUAAUCGCAGAGGAGCGCGCCAAAUAGGAAGCAGGGUAGCUGUGAGUCUGGCAACAAACCGCUUCAACCUCCGGACUCAUCUUUAUCAACACCUAUGACUUCUUGACCCAGUCGUACUUCUUCUAUCCGGACCGAACACCGAACAGCCCGGACACAGUCUGCCGACAUGGAGGCAGACAGUGUGAGCAUAUGGCCACGUAUGGAGCCCUUCUUACUGGGUGCCCUGCAGGUGGCUCCCUCCUCCAAACUCAGCCUGCACUACCUUCGUAAGAUGGCAACUUAUGUCCGAACACGGGACGGCUGCUUCCCCAUCCUGGGCUGGCCCAUGUGGAGGCACAUUGCCUGUGGAAAGCUGCAGCUUCCAGAAGACCUUGCGUGGCUUUACUUUGAGACUUUUGACCUGCUUAUAGGCCACACACCGGAGGAGAGGCUGGAGUGGGCAGAGUGUCUUUCCCAGUGUUCUUCCAAAAGCGAGCUUGACCAACAAAGGAGCAAGCUGUCAGUGGACACGCUGCAGUUCCUCCUCUUCCUCUACAUCCAGCAGCUGAACCGAGUGUCUCUGCGAACCUCCCUGAUCGGUGAGGAGUGGCCAAGCCAUCGCACUCGAUCCCCGUCUCCAUCAGACAGGGAGGCCAAGACCAGCUCUCAGAACAAGAACUGGGAUGAUCAGGCCCACCUGUCAUUUGUUCAAAGCCAUCUGAUGGAGAUUUUGGAGCUGCUGGUGGAGCCUGGCCAGCUGUCUCAGUCUGGACAGGCCUUAAGAGACUGCCAGAUAUCCCUGGAUGCUGUGCGGAGUUUGGGGAUGCUCCUGGAGGGCUCGGCUGGUCCCGGUAGACCCGUCCACUGCAUCCACCGGCUGCUGACCAAAGGUCCACUCCAAACACAAGCCGGUUACUCCUCAUUGACCCGCUCCUUCCCUCUACACAAACUCCUCUCCUGCCUCCAGCACAACCUCACGGUCAACCCCUUCGGCAUAACCGCCUGCCUCCACUCAGGAAAGAAGCUCGCCUGGGCUCAACAAGUUGAAGGAACCAUGAAGAGAGCCAGGAUAGCCAGGAACACCCACACAGCUCCGCCCGGCAGCAAGAUGGUGCUGAUGUCCCAAGUCUUCAAACAAACGCUGGCGAAAACAUCAGACAAGCUGACUGGUGCCAACAUCAAAAUCCACAGAUGCUCUGACGCCUUCAUUUACCUGCUCUCACCUCUUAGAUCCGUCAGUGUGGACAAAUGCCGGGACAGCACUGUGGUUCUGGGUCCUGUGGAGACCAGCGUCCACAUCCACAGCUGCCACAACUUGCGGGUAGUGUGCGUCGCCGGAAGAAUCGCCAUCGGAGCCUCCUCUCGCUGCACCAUCCACGCCCUGACGCCCACCCGCCCUCUGCUCCUGCCCGGAAACACGGACAUCACCCUGGGUCCCUUCCACACCUUCUACCCCUCCCUGGAGGACCACAUGGCCAGUGUGGGGCUGGCCGUGGUCCCCAACGCCUGGGAUCAGCCCCUGCUCCUGGGGACCGAGGGCCUCGCCAGCCCCUCUCCCAACACGUCAUCCAGCCCGGACCACGCCUGCUUCCGCCUGCUGCCUCCGUCUGAGUUCCACACCAUAGUCGUGCCUUUCGAGAUGGAGGGCGACACAUGCGAGGUGCCCGGCGGGUUUCCUCCUCAGUACCAGGCAGCGCUCGAUGAAAAAGACAAGAGGAUACAGAACUGGCAGAAGACAGUGAUGGAGGCUCGGCUCAACAAGGAGCAGAGGAGACAGUUCCAGGAGCUGGUGGAGGUCAAGUUCCAUGCGUGGCUGCUGGAAACGGGGCACCGGCAGGAGCUGGACAGCCUCAUCCCACCUACGAUAGCUUCCCUACAGGACUCCAACGGACCGGCAGGAGACUCCACCCGGGUUAACAACAGCAAACACAUCAGGACUGGGCGGGGGGAGGGACACUCACCUAUGGCUUGUUGAAUUGCUGGGUUAAUUACACCUGUAGAUUAGGAGAGCGUCGCUCAAGCACGUCUGGAGCUGCUCAUCCAGCCUGCAGAGCGACUAACAGGUAUGUCCAACUUCACGUCUUAAGAAAAGGCAGCUAAUUCAUCACCAGGCCAAAGCAGGGAGUGUACCGGCAUGCUGUAAGACAACAUCACAAGCUUUACUCCUCUGGGGGGAGACCUAUAAAGGCACAGGUGGAGAAUGUUUCAACUCACUGUAGGCUUUUAAAGGGGCAUUUUGGAGGAGCUUCCCUUUGGAUUUAAUGCUGAACGUCGUGUUUAGGAGACAGAAAAUCUAAUUUUGGUCCAAACAAAAAUCAAAGGAACCACCGUGAUUUACUCAGUUAAACAGAAAUCCCCUAAAAUGUGUUCUCUGAUGCAGUAAUGGCUCUUAAAUCUCUACUAGGACACAGUUUUGAGUGUUAUUUUAACUAGCGGUACGGUGUUCAUGUGCAAAAAGAAGAAUUUGAGACUUAUUGUGUCAACAAACAACACUUGUGACUCGCUUCAUCAGUUUUCAGUGGCGGUUGCAGCCUUACAUAAAGUUUAGUGAGGCCAAGAUCCUGGAGGACUCUGACUGCUAAAUUUUUUUUUCUUCCAUACAGUCUGAAAUUAUUGUUCUUCUCCCCAUAAACUACAUCUGUAAAGAAAUAAAGGGAAAUGUAUCUGCAUUCAAAGAUGCAGAAUGUAGAUGUUAAAUGAAUUUAGCACUAUGGGUAUAAAGGACAUUUAGGUAGCUUUUAGCUCAGGUCAGGAUAUUUUUUUAUUAGAAUAUUAAAAAUUAGUAAUCAAGUGAUUUCCAUUAUGAGGGGGACAAAGAAGGAAUAUCAAAAGAAUUUAUUCUAGAUGCGUGACUUAUCUCUUAAUUUAUUAUGAAAUAAGCUGAUUGGUUAGAAUUUACAAAUUCUAAAAGUAUUUUUCUAUUAAUCCACCUUUAUGAAUAUGUGUAUUUUAGCUGUGUAGAAAAAUUAUUCAUGAGUAUACCUUGAACCAGAUUUAGCAUUUAAUACCUCCAAGUGUACUUCAGGCGUUUAGCUUCUGUUUUGUGUUUUCACAGAAUAAAACAUACAUUAGAUUCAACAAAACCGUCUUUUAAGGCAGCGUUGUUUUUGUUACAGAGAGUGAAAGGAGCAUGUGCUGGAAAACAUUACUGUAAAAGGUGAAAGAUUUUACACUGUAAAAUGCCUUACUGCUGUUUUUUUACUUUAAAAACAUUCCUGCUGGUUUGAACACCUCAAUGUAGUUAUAAAAUGAAGAGCAUGAAAUAGAUUUUGAUUGCUAAAACACAAAACAAUAAAGAUUUUCACUGAAGCCA